AUGAAGAAUUUUAGGACGAUGCAAAGGCAACCAAAUUUGGGGACACUAUCCAUGGUGCUGAUUCUCUGCCUGGGGAUUUCAGAAGUCAUCCUGGCAUGUCCUCAGCCAUGCGCCUGCUAUGUUCCCAGUGAAGUUCACUGCACAUUUCGGUCCUUAGGAGCCGUGCCAUCGAAAAUUUCUAAGCAUGUGGAACGAAUUAAUUUGGGGUUCAACAGCAUUCAAACUGUAUCUGAAAACUCAUUUGCGGGACUUUCAAAGCUUGAACUGCUGAUGCUUCAUGGCAAUGAUAUCCAAAAUAUACCUAAUGGUGCUUUAAAAGAUCUGUCAUCACUACAGGUAUUCAAAAUAAGCUAUAACAAACUGCAGGUUAUAACUGGCCAAACCCUUCAAGGGCUUUUCAACUUGAUGAGAUUGCACCUGGACCACAACCGAAUUGAAUUCAUCCAUCCAAAUGCUUUCAAUGGAUUAAUUUCCCUCAAACUUCUCCACUUGGAAGGAAAUCUGCUUCAACAGCUUCAUCCAAACACAUUUUCAACAUUCUUAGUUCUUGAUUACUUCAGGAUGUCAACAAUAAAGCAUCUUUAUUUAUCUGAAAAUGCCAUUAGAACAUUGCCUAAGGGCAUUUUUGAAAGGAUGUCUCUUCUAGAGAAUAUUUAUCUUCAUGGGAAUCCCUGGUCUUGUGACUGCAGGCUGAAAUGGUUCCUUGAAUGGACUGAGAAAUCUGCAGGUAUCCUAAAGUGUAAAAAAGAUAAAGCCUAUGAGAAUGGUCAGCUUUGUCCCAAAUGUACUUUUCCUAAACAAUUCCAGAAGAAAGAUAUUCUAAAUAUGAAAGACAUUUCCUGCAAAAAGCCAAUCAUACAGUCUCCUUUAAAACAGAACAUCAACAUCAAGGAAAAUGAUGAGGAAAAAGAAGAUGACAUCUCUGAGUUACUAAUAGAAGAAUUUCAGUGGCCUCCAUGGAAUAUUACUCUGAACUUGACUGAUGAACACAAAAACUCAGUGGACCUCAAAUGUGAAAUUAAAAAACCAACAGACUCUACCAAAAUCCAGUGGAAUCAGAUCUCUCCUUAUGAAAUUGUGGUCAAUGAUACUAUUUCUCUGGAUAUGGAAUGCAAUAUGAACCGAGAAAACUACGAGAAGUUGUGGAAGCUUAUUGCAUAUUACAGUGAAAUGCCUGUCAAACUUAAAAGAGAAUAUGUGCUCACUCGUGAAUCUAAAUUAAGCUAUCACUAUAGGCAAGGUUCUGAUUAUGAUGAUGCUCCCUAUUACACAGGUGUGAAAGGCAGAAUCUUUGCUGAGCCUGCCUGGGUGAUGCAGCCAUUCGUACACAUCCAAUUAAACAGACACCAGAGCACAGGAGAAAUGGUAGUCCUCUCUUUUUCUUCCCAGGUUUCUCAAACUAUUCAACCUCAUGAAAACAAGCAACAGAAAAGCAGCUGGGUUAUGAUAGAGCAAGACCAGCAUACAAGAGCUGCUCAAAGUGUAGUAGAAGGUUCAAAUGCUCAGCUAAGCUGUAAUGUCAAAGCAUCAGAAAGUCCUUCUAUCAGGUGGAUUCUCCCAGAUGGGACAAAAUUGAAAGCUCCAUUCAAAAUGGAAAGCAAAAGAUUUUCUGUUCUCAGUAGUGGCCAGUUAAUCAUCAGGUCAGUGGCCUAUGCUGAUUCAGGGAUAUAUCACUGUGUUGCCCAAGUGAGAGAUGAUGUAGACACAGUGGCCUACAGAGUUCUAGUGCAACCCACAGCUAUUCAGCAAGUUGAGUCUGAACUAACAAAAAUUGAAAAAAAUGUGGGGGAUUCCAUCCUAUUGCCCUGUAGUGCAGUGGCUAUACCAGAUGCUCAUUUAAGCUGGAUACUUCCAAACGGCCAAAUGAUUAAUGAUUUGUCAAACUCCUCUAGUGGAUAUUUGCUACAAAAUGGCACCUUGUUAGUUCCAUACAGUCAUGUAGGUGACAGUGGUUACUACAGAUGCGUGGCCAUCAAUCAACAAGGAUCAGAUGAAGUUGUUGUUAAAGUAACAGUAAAUAAGAUGGUUUCUGACAGGUCUUCUAAAAGGAUAAAAUUUAAAAAGCAACCUGGUUCAAGAACCUCAGUAAGGGAGCAGGUCAUUGGAGAUGAUGAGGGAUCAGGUGAUAAAGAGAUUUACAUUAUGCCAAGCAAGAAAUUUCAUCUCAAAAACUAUGAACAAUCACUGAAACAGAAGAGCGAUGACAUUUUUCAGGUUCAGGUAAGACCAAAUAAAAAUGGGAAACGUAAAAUGAAAUUAUGGAAAGGCAUUGAUAGGACUGAAGAGAUUAAUGUUGCUGAGGGUCGAAGAGUAUUUGAAUCCAGGAGGAGAAUUCAUAUGACAAACAAACAAAUUAAUCCACAGCACUGGGCUAAUAUUUUGGCAAAAGUGCGAAGAAAAAGUCUUCCCAGACUUACAACCACUUAUGUUCCUCUUCUAAGUACCACAUCAGAGAUUCCUUUUACACAAUGGACCACAAGAAGUCAUCUACCUAUCUCCAGUCUUCCACCAAGGAGUGCUGUGGAAAUCAAUGGAGAAGAAUCUUCAGCAGAUACUUCCCAUUUGGAUGAAGCAGAAUUAUUUUCAGUCACCAUUCCCUCUGUCAUCAGCAUGCAGAAUUAUAAUCAAGACCAAAUACUUUCUUCAGCAGUGCGUGUGGAACAUAAAUUCUCAAAAAUGCCAGAAGAUCCAUUCCACAUGGCAACUUCUGUAGCACAGGAAAUCCAGUUCUCUCCAACUAUACAGACACAACCUUGGGAUCAUAGCGAUUCAAACAUAGACCAAUCAAAAGUAGAACCAAAAAGGACAGGAAUUUUUAAUGGAGAAAUAAAUAUGAUCUCAAAAAAAAUUGUACCUUAUACCCAGAGCACUUUAAUGAUAGUCAGCAAUAGAGAGAAAGCCACACCUAAUCCAUAUUCAGAAAUUUCAGUCAAAGAUCCUAUCCUUACCAAAAGCCAUAAGAUUAAAACUAACAAACAAUAUUUACAAGCUAAAUCUAUGAGUAAUGUAAGUAAUGUCACAAUAACUUUUACACAUGCUGAAAUCAACAACUCAGCUACCAUUGUUGCAUCUGCUGCUCAAAUGACUAACAAAUAUGACAACAUUGAACAUGAACAAGUAAUUCCUUUUAAUCCAUUUACAGAUUCUAAAAAUCUAAUAUUAACAAAUGUAAAUCUUGAAAAACCAAAAUCUUCUACUAUAGAAAGAACUAUUCAUCCACUGAAAAAGAAUGAAUGGAUGCUGAUAUCUGCUACUACUAACAAACCAACAACAGCAACCAUAAUAACAGCAUAUGAAAGAAAAAUAAGUACACCUGAACCAGUGAUCAGUAAGCAUUCACGAAGAAGACCAUAUGGGAGACGGAGAACAAAUAGAUUCAAAAGACCAAAACCAAUUCCUCCUACAGCUUUUAAUGUAGAAGAGAUAACUUUUGGUCCAAAAAUAUCUACACUUGACAAUACCACUCAAGCCAUGCCAGGUUUUAUGGCUGGAUAUCAGAAGCCAGAGGAUGAAAUACAAAAACUGAGUUCUUCAUCAUUAAUAAAUACUGUACACAAAUCCAAGGAUGCAACAGCAACUUCAGCUGUUCAACUUCCUACUUUAUUACCUAAGACACCAUUAACUCUUUCUAGUGUCAUAAAGGAUCAGAAAAGUCAAACAGUGACAUCAUCAUAUCAUUCAAUGACUAGGUCACUUCCAAAGCAGCUGCAUUUAUCUCACAAUCCAGAGUAUAGAAUAGCUACAGAAAAUAAGUUACCCAUAUUAGAAGUAACAAAUACACCCACAGCAAGCAUUUUAGGAGAAAGCUCAACAUCAUCUUUUGAUCUUACUUCUUCAGUGAUUCCAGAACUUGAAGAAAAAGCUAACUCUUUCUCAUCAGACUCCCCAAAUGUUAUUGACUCAAGGGUAGCUCAGUCAAAGACUGCUAUUCAACAGUAUCUAUCUGUUAGCCAAACAGAACAUCCUGAAACUCUGCCAUCUUUAGAAAAAUUGUGGAACUUUUCAGAUUACAUAUUAAAGACUACAGUGGAACCGUUUUUUCAUAAAGUUGAAAAAGUGAUUCUAUCUCACCACAGUUCAGUCUCUGAUCAUACUUCUAUACCUACAGAAAUGAAUCAAAUUCUUGAUCUCUGGCAAAAUAAAACACACAUUCUACCAACUUCGAGACACUCCAAAGAAAUUACUAGCCAGAUCCAUAAUCAUGAAGAUGAGAUUGCAAUAUAUAGAACUGAAAAAAAACAUCCCUCAGUUGUAUCCAGUUCAAUGCUCACUCCUCCUCCCCCAUUAACACCAAUGAAUCUUAAUUUAUCAUAUAACUCUUCAACAAAGGAAAAUCACACAUCUGUUAAAUUAACAUAUCCAGAUAGGAAGAUACCCAGUGUUGAUAGUAUAAGAGCCAGAUAUAGCUCAAGACAGAAUGAACUUUCCACCACUCAACAAAAACAAGGUAGUAGCAGACCACACAGCAGCUUUUCAUUAAAUCCAAAUAUUCCAAAUCAACCAGUUGGAAAAAAACCAGGUUUUUCAUUUCCAAAGUACAUUCCUGUGAGGGGGACUGUGAAACCUCCAUAUCUCAUUGCACCAGGAUUUUUUCAUCAUUUUAUAACUCACCAAGUGCCCCUUCAUUAUACCAAUAAACCAGAGAUAACAGCAUAUGCAGCCUAUACCACACAAGAGAGAAAAACCUCUUCGACCUUCCCUACCCCCACACCUGCUCCAUUAUAUAGACCUAAAAUGCCUAUUUUAGGCAAAUCUGACAACCAAGAUGAAAUCAGACAAAAUAUUCACUCCAAAGUUUUUGUCAACAACUUUCUUCCUGAAAGUAGAGAUAAGCCUGGAAGAACAAUCAAUCAUGUUAUACCAUAUUUGCACAAUGCUAGAACACCAUUUCUGAUCAACAGAACCAGGAUAUUUCAGCACUUGGGUGUGAACUCUAAACCACUGGUAUCUAAUCUACCAGUCCCAGUAAGCACAACUGAGAAAACAUUUCUCUCUGUUACCAAGAAGAUAAUGCAUAGCACUUCUUUAAAAGCCACCACUAUCCCAGUACCUUCUAUAUCCUUGGAUACUGUACCAGCAUCUGGGACAAUAAUUCCUACCUUCACUACUCCAAAAAUAAAAUCUCAAGUGAGUUCAACCUUGCAGUCUUCCAGUGGUAUCUAUUAUAAUAAUCCAAAUGUCUUAUUUGUGCCUAAAUUGGAUAGAAUUAAGGUUUUCAACUCAAGCUUCAUUCAGUCUCCUGUGCCUUUAACACCACAAGGAGAAAAACCUAAAAUUAUCACUAAAAUGUCUACCAUUCUUUCCGCUCUUGCUGAGUCAGAUGUUGCUAUCCCAUGUGAUGCCACAGGAGAACCCAAGCCUCUCCUUUCUUGGACAAAAAUCUCUACAGGAGCCACGAUGACAGCCCAAACAAAGAUGCAACGUUUUGACGUCUUGAAAAAUGGCACACUCUUUAUUCACAGUGUUCAGCUUCAGGACCGUGGACAGUAUCUGUGUGCUGCUGAGAACUCUCAUGGCAUUGAUAAAAUGAUUGUCCUGUUGACUGUCAUAGCCCAACAGCCCAAAAUGCUAGGUUCUCGCUUUAAGGAUUUGACUGUUUAUUUUGGAGAAAAAGUGACUAUGGAUUGCCAAGCCACUGGAAUCCCAAACCCACACAUUUCUUGGAUUUUUCCUAAUCGUAAAAUACUUCAAACUGUGAGUACUGUGGAGGGAAGGGUUAUGCUAUAUGAGAACCGAACCUUGCUCCUGAAAGACGCUAACUUUCAAGAUCGGGGAAUUUACAAAUGCAUAGCCAGCAAUGCUGCAGGAGCUGACAGUAUUGCUGUGAGACUUCACAUAGCUGCCUUGCCUCCAAUUAUUGAGCAAGAAAAAGAAGAAAACUUUUCCCUCAAUGUGGGGCAAAGCAUUAACAUUCACUGUAGUGCAAAAGCAGCCCCUACCCCUGGUAUCCGUUGGGUACUUUUUGACGGGACUCAGAUUCGGCCCUCUCAAUUUGUCCAUGGUAAUCUGUUUGUUUUUCCAAAUGGAACCCUUUAUAUACGUCACGUGUUGCCCAAAGACAGUGGGAGCUAUGAAUGCAUUGCAGCAAAUAUGGUUGGAGCAGUCAGGAGAACUGUGCAGUUGCAGGUCAAAAAGCAGUCAACAAAUGCCAAGAUCACAGGAAGCUCACCCCAGAGAACAGAUGUAACCUAUGGUAGCACCCUGCGACUGAAUUGCAGUGCCUCUGGGGAUCCUUGGCCAUGGAUCCUCUGGAGGCUUCCUUCAAAAAGAAUGGUGGAUUCUCUACAGAGUUUGGACAGCAGAAUCAAGGUACUUGGCAAUGGAACUCUGGUUAUCUACUCUGUCACUGACAAGGAUGCAGGAGACUACCUGUGUAUGGCCCGCAACAAGAUUGGAGAUGAUUAUGUGGUCCUCAAAGUAAAUGUGAUGAUGAAACCUGCCAAAAUCGAACACAAGAAUGAGAAUAAUCACAAAGUGAUAUAUGGAGGAGAUCUAAAAGUUGAUUGUGUUGCCACAGGUCUACCAAACCCUGAGAUCUCCUGGAGUCUUCCAGAUGGAAGUAUGGUUAACACCUUCAUGCAAUCAGAUGACAGUGGAAGCCGAGCAAAGAGAUAUGUGGUAUUCAACAAUGGAACAUUAUAUUUCAAUGAAGUAGGGCUGAGAGAAGAAGGAGACUACACCUGUUAUGCUGAGAACCAGAUUGGUAAAGAUGAGAUGAAAGUGCGGGUUAAAGUAGUAGCUGAACCUGCCACAAUUAGGAAUAAAACCUAUGUAAUUCUCAACAUCCCAUAUGGUGAUGCAGUAUCUGUAGGAUGCAAAGCAAAAGGGGAGCCUACUCCAAAGGUAUUCUGGUUAUCCCCAAGCAAUAGACCAAUUCCAACCUUAUCAGAUAAAUAUCAAGUGUACAUAGAUGGGACACUUCUCAUACAAAAAGCCCAAAGAUCUGACAGUGGCAACUAUACAUGUGUAGCCCGCAAUAGUGCUGGAGAGGACCGCAAAAUUGUUUGGAUCCAUGUCAAUGUUCAACCCCCUAAAAUAAAUGGUCACCCCAGCACCAGCACCUCAGUCAGAGAAAUGGCUGUAAAAGACAGCCGGAAACUUAUUGACUGUAAUGCAGAAGGCAUCCCAUCUCCCCGGGUCAUGUGGGCUUUCCCAGAAGGAGUGAUCCUCCCAGCCCCCUAUUAUGGCAACCGAAUCACUGUACAUCGCAAUGGGACACUGGAUAUUCGUGGGGUAAGGCACACAGAUGCUGUGCAGCUGGUGUGUAUUGGCAGAAAUGAAGGGGGAGAGGCCCGCCUAGUUGUGCAGCUUCAGGUUGUGGAUCAGGUAGAAAAACCCUUCUUUGGGGAUCCUGUUACUGAAAGGAUUACAGCCACUGCAGGUCACAGCAUCAAUCUAAAUUGCUCAGUCCAUGGGACCCCAUCACCCAGAACUGCCUGGAUCCUUCCCAAUGGUACUGAACUGAUGAAAAGCAGUCAUCUGCAGAGAUUUUAUCACAAAAGAGAUGGGAUACUACACAUCAGUGCUCUGUCUGCAGCAGAUGCUGGGACUUACCGUUGCACUGCCAGAAACCCAGGGGGCUAUGUAGAGAGGGUGGUCUUCCUCAAAGUGGGAGUGAAACCAGAAAUCAGCAAACAUUAUAACAACCUAGUAAGCAUCAUCAAUGGAGAGACAUUGCAGCUUCACUGUGGCACCCAACCUGGUCAGCAAGCUCGUGUAGCCUGGACUCUGCCUAAUGGAAUGGUGUUAGAUAGUCCCCAAGCUAUUGGACGAUUCUCCCUGCUUGAGAAUGGCUCCCUCAUUGUACGUGAGGCCUCUGUGUUUGAUAGAGGGACUUACCUAUGCAAGGUAGCCACGGAUUAUGGCUCUUCCCUUAUGAAUGUUCCUGUGAUUGUGAUUGCCUAUCCACCCCGGAUCACAAGUGAACCAGCACCUGUCAUUUAUGCAAGGCCAGGGAAUACAGUGAAGCUGAAUUGUAUGGCCAUUGGAAUUCCUAAAGCAGACAUAACUUGGGAACUGCCAGAGAAACUGCAUCUAACCACAGGAGCUCAGUCUCGUCUGUAUGGAAACAAAUACCUUCAUCCUCAGGGCUCCCUAAUCAUCCAGCAAGCUACACAAAGGGAUGCCGGCUUCUAUAAAUGCACUGCUAAAAAUAUACUAGGCAGUGAUUCCAAAGCAACCUAUAUACACAUAUUCUAAAACUCUAGCAAACAUCUUUGAAUAUAUAGAGAUAUCUAAAAUCCUUGUCAAGUGAACAAUGAUAGUAAAUAAAGUAGCUGAAAACAAAUGGUGAAUCAUGCAGGUUAAUAUUAAUAAAGUAACAAAGUAUAAUUGAGACAGGUAUUAUUUUAGAGAAGGCUUAGGAACAGUCUCUAUGCUGUUAAUGGAAAUUCUCACCAACUGCCUUGGAAUUUAACACUAGAGCAAGCGGGUAUACAAUCAAAAUUCAGUGGGGAUCACUGUAAAAUGGAUGUGUUUGAAUAUAGCUUUGAAAUUUGAUUUGGAGGGACCCUACAUCCAUUUAGCAAGCAAGCCAAAUUUGUUUGGAUUCUAUUAAAGGGGAUUUCAUGGGGGUCACCACUGUAAUUCUUUUGUGCAAUGCAUAAAGCCUAAAACUAAUCCUUAACCCGAUUUAGGGCAUGCUAUGUAUUCUUCUAAUUUCAAGUUCUCUCCCUUACAUUAAUAUAUUCAUAUGUAAAUAUGAGUAUACAUCAUCUUGAUAUAAUUGACCCUUGAAUGUGGGAGCAUCAUUUUUGAGUUUCCUGCUCCCAUAUUACGUCACUAUCUGCCAGUGAAGUAGGUGCACAAAUUCAAAAGUCAGUUGCCAUGAUGGAGUAAGUUACAAAGGAAAGACAAGAAGACCUUUUCCAGCAACAAUCUUGCAAAUCUAGUAAUAAAUAGUUUUGGCCUAAAUUUCACUUAUAAAUUUAAUCCAAUUAUUUAGUGUCCAUUUGAAAAUUAUUUAUUCUCAUUAAUUAUUGGACAGGAAGCAAAUUAGAAUGUAUUGUAAAUAUGCAAUAUUUACAAACAAUGCUAAAAUGGGAAACAUUUUUGACAAUUUUUCAUAGCCCAUUUCUACUCUAUUCUAACCACAGCUAAUCUUAAAUUCUGUUUUCAAACAAACACCUUAAGACAUACCAUAGCAGUAUUACUUUAAAAAAAAGUUGACACAGGAAAAAAAAUGCUUCCUUCUAGUUGUUGGCUGCAAGCUAUUCUUUUAUAUCUCUUCCUACCACAUCUAGUUUUCAAGCUUUGCUGUAAAAUUAGUCCUAACUAUACUUCUGUCACAAGGGUUAAGAAAACUAUGAAUCUCUAGAAGUCAAACUAUGAUGCUCAGUAACCCAAGGUUGCAAGGGCUUUUGAUACAAGCCAUAUUGCAAUUUGUCCUUAAGUGUUACAAUUUGUGUAAUGAUGUUGUGAUAAAUGUGACCUCACCUAUCGCCCUGAAGAUUCCUAUGCUAGGAACCAUGGUCAGAAAUCAGGAAUGAUGAGAAUUCAGCAACUUCAAAAUGUUCCCACUUUCUCUUUUGCAGUUCUUUUGAAUCUUUCAAUUAGCAAUAACUGAGUAAUAACCCUCUGAUUUUAUUUCAGCAUGGCAAAACAAUAAUUACUGUAAAAGUAAAAAUAGAACUCAGCAACAGAAUUCCUAGUUGACAUCCUUUUAUUUUAUAUUUGUUUAUGUGUGUUUUUCAGACUAUGAGACUAGAAGAAUAUCAGUGACAGGUGUCUCAGUACAUAAAUUAUUGGUCUUUACAAGACUCUGAUAUUUUACUGUAUUGUAUGUAAUAUUAAGAUCAGUAUACUGUGUUUUAUAAUAAAAA